AUGGAAGUUACGCAGGUUUCCCAAACGCAGCCGACUCAACAAUCACCCGUAACACAGACCAAUACCGAAAAUGACAAGACGAAAAUAUGCCAGUUGUUAUGCGCGACGGGCCAAUACGCCAACCGGAAUCUCGAUGUCAACGAUAAGCCGGCCCAAGAUGGCAAGAUUACAUGGACUUUUGGCCGAUCAAACGAGUGCGAUUUCCACUUGAACUCCUCGACGAGGCUAUCGAAUAAGCACUUUUCGAUUUGGUUGAAUAUCGGCGACAAGUCCUUGUGGAUUAAGGACGUCUCGACGAAUGGCACAAGCCUCAACGGGAGCAGGCUCGUCAAGGGCUCCAAUUACUUGCUAAACCAGGGGGACGAGAUAAGUGUGGGCAACGGGGUGAGUGCCGACGUGGUCAAGUUUAUCGUCAUCUUCACCGACCACUAUAAUCCCACCUUGUCGCUGAACUCGAGCGCGUUGGACACGGGGAUAUACAAGGACUUUAUCAUCAAAAACGAAACCAUUGGCCAGGGAGCAUUUGCCACGGUGAAGAAAUGCAUCGAAAGAUCCUCGGGUGAUGCGUUUGCAGUAAAGAUUAUCAACCGACGAAAAGCUUUGACUACAAGCGGCUUGGCCAGCAGCCUUACAAGUGUUGACAGAGAGCUAUCGAUAUUGGAGAAAUUGGACCAUCCUAACAUUGUCUCGUUGAAGGCAUUUUACGAAGACUCCGAAAACUAUUACAUCGUUAUGGAGUUGGUCCCCGGUGGAGACCUCAUGGACUUUGUUGCCGCCAAUGGGGCCAUCGGUGAAGACGCGACCCAGGUGAUAACCAAGCAAAUCCUUGAAGGAAUACUAUACGUGCACAAGUUGGGCAUUUCGCAUCGGGACUUGAAACCAGACAAUAUAUUGAUCAUGCAGGACGACCCCAUCUUGGUCAAGAUUACUGAUUUCGGAUUGGCCAAACUCAGUGAUAAUCUGACCUUGAUGAAGACAUUUUGCGGCACGUUGGCAUAUGUCGCGCCCGAGGUGAUUACGGGGAAAUUCGGACUGUCGCAAGUUGCCUCAACGGGGAACUACUCUUCGCUGGUGGAUCUUUGGUCUUUAGGGUGUUUGGUUUAUGUGUUGUUGACUUCGCACUUGCCGUUCAACGGGAAAUCGCAGAAGCAGAUGUUCCAGAAAAUCAAGCAUGGAGAGUUCCACGAAGCCCCUCUCAAGUCAUACGAGGUUAGUGCAGACGGCAGGGAUUUCUUGUCCUGUUGCUUGCAAGUGGAUCCAAGAAGGAGGAUCACGGCGGCAGAAGCGUUGCAGCAUAGAUGGUUGCAAGAUGUUUGCGAUGACGCUUUUGCGUCAUCCCCCAAAUCGCUAAGCUUGUCGCAGUCACAAUCACAGCAAUCUCGCAAGAUUGAAAAUGGUAUCCAUGUCGAUUCCAUGAGCAAAAUCGACGAAGACAUAAUGCUUCGUCCUCUAGAUAGCGAAAAGAACCGGAAAACAAGCAAGCAGGACUUUAAAGUACCAAAGAGGAUUGUGCCUCUUCCGCAGUCGCAACCAUUCCAUAAUCUACCACCGACAAUGUCGCAACCGAGGAAACGAGCGGUUGAAACUCAACCCGGUGGCGCCAACGGCGAGUCCAGCCCCAACGUAGAAUCGGCUGUGAAGAGAUUGAAAAUAGACAGUACAUUGUUGAACCCCAUCACACUAGAGCCUAUCGCCAAGUCCAUUCGCAUGGACUCUGUGAAGAUUGUCAAGUCCAAGUUCUCCAUAGGCAGGGCCGAAGUUUGCGACCACAAAGUCACUGACGACCGAUUGUCCAAGAUCCAUUGCAUAAUCGUCACCGACACACGAGGCAGAUCGUGGCUCUUGGAUAUGAGCACCAACUCGUGCGCUGUUAAUGGCAUCAUCAUUGGCAAGAAUAAAAAGAUACGGCUCAAGGAUGGAGAUUUGUUGUACUUGUUUAACGAUGUUGAAAACGACGAGUUUAUUGGUUUCCAUGUCACAUUUGAUCAAAAGGACGAUUCCAGUGGAGAAGACGAGGGAGUGCUUCGGCAAAACUCGAGCGAGAUGAAUAUGCGAUUCGGUACUCGAUAG